UGCUGAACUCAGUCACUGAGUAAAUCGCGAUGAGUUUGGAUGUUUAGGACGUUUUCGUUUCGCGUUUUCCUCUUGAAACUAUACGGUAGAUUUUAUUGUAUACAUUUGUACAACAACAAAAGCAGCAGCAGCAAUUAGAAGUAGCAGCAACAACAACAAUCACCAACGCCAACAACAGCAAGAGGAAUUAUAUUAAAAACACAAAAGCAAAAUUAAUUGCGGAGCAGCAAAAGGUGAAUGGUGAUAGAAAAUGAAAUGAAAACGGAGGUUUAAACAUAAAAAGAAAUGAAAUAAUUAAAAAUCUACAUAAGGAUAUAGUGAUUCUGUAAAAAAUGAGGGAAUAAAUUUUAUAAAAAAAAAAUUAAAAUAAGAAGUUCAGUAAACCAAUGCAUAAAACAAGUAAAUAUAAUAAGAAAAUGAAAAAUAUAAGCAAAUUCAAAUUCAACAGUUAUGUGGAAAAAGUAACACUUUACGUAUAGAAAAAAUAUACUGCAAAAUAGUACCAGAUUCUACGAAUAAACAACCACAACCCAUACUAAAAAUCGCAGUUUAAUCCACUCAUGGAGGUUUUUCGAAAAUUACAUAUAUUUGGAAAACAGUCCAUACAGAACUUUUAAAUCUGCGUAACCACACUUGAAACAUUUCAAUCCGCUCCGAUAUUGCUACAAAUAAUAAAAUAAAAACAAAUUUCAAUUUGGUUAAUGGAGAAAAGAAGUUCACAUCAAUAGUAAAUAUAAAAGAUAAAAAACUGAAUAAAAUUGAUGUUAAAUAAAUAGUGAAAAUUGUGAAAAAUAACAAGAGAAUAAGUGCUGAAAAGAGUGUUAAGAAGAUUUUGAGCUGUAUACAAAUGCAAUAAUCGUAAAUCUCAAUGUGUAUGUGUUAGUGCAUAUAAUAAACCAAAGCAAAGAUUCUUAACGUCAAUUGACGGUGUUUACGAAAAAGAAUUUUACGAUUGAGGAUAUUCAGUCGUUCUCCAAUCCGAAUGGGGUGGAGCGCGCCCCUUUUAAAACAAGUCGCCUCCAUGAAGUUUUAUAAACAAAAUGGUACGUGAAGAGACCCGAAAGAUUUGUUUUGGUCAAAUACCCGAAGCGAGAUUACGUGAGGAUACAAAAAACAGAGAACAUUUAAAACGGUCUACUGAAGACGUUUCACCAAGUAAUUUCACAGAAAGGAACAGUGGCUUCUUUGAACGAAGUUCCCGCUUGGCUGCAGAUAACGAUUCUUACCUUCGUCGUUCAAAUCACACUUCGAUUGGAAAUAUCGGUAGUUAUCAAACGCCAAACAGCUUGGCAUCGUCAAGCCCCUCGUCGACGUCCAUACAAGAUUUAAGCUCUGUAGGCCCUGCUUGCUCUGGUGGUCCUGCUGUUGGUACCAGUGGCAUUCUAGACAAUCGUAAUAGAACACGUGAUCGACUUUACAAAAAUGGACCUUACACAUCUGCACAGUUAAGCGAGAGAAGUUCCAACGGUGCCACCAUCAAAAAUUACAAUCGCGCUUUGCUGUCGUCAUGGUACGACGCUGCUGCGACGAAUACGAACGGUCCUGGUGGCAGUGGCAAUGCCGGCGCCUCAACAGUAGGCAGCAGCAGCAACCACAGUUUUUACUCCACCUCAAACUCAAUCACCACACCUGCCUCCUCCAUAAAUUCGGUGAUUGCGGCAACGUUAACAGCGCAUCAGCGGAACAAUUAUUACGGCACUCUGCCGGAUGUAAGUGCGACGGCGCCGUCCACAUCAACAACAACUUUAGCUUCUAGUGCUUCUCGAAUGAAAAACCAUUCAAAAUUGAGUAGAAUUGCAAAACCAUCCCGUAUUGGCUCUGAAUCGCCAAAUAGUUCACCAACAGUAUCCUUGACUACGGCGGCGGCGGAUACGACGGGAAUGGGUGCACCUACAGCAGCAUCGACAACGGCCUCGAUUGCAAACAAUAGUAGCAGUAGCAGUUGUAGUACAAUCAGUAAUAGUUAUAACAGUAGUUUAAGCAGUAAUAGCAAUGCAAUACCGACGACACAUCCGGCUUGCAUUUCUGCAACGUUAACAUCGCAGUCACCUGUUGGUAGUCAUGCAAAUGGCAACAGUGGGAUUCUUAAUUCCGCUGCAGCAUUAGUCGAAACGGCUGCAGAAGCUGGAAGUCAGGAUUUUAGUAAUACAACGGGCAGCAAUAUUAGCACCACCGCACCCACUAUUACCGGCCCAGCUGCUACCACUAGUUGUAACACCUCUCCCCACGCCUCGUCUACACAAAACCCGCAUCAUCAACACGCAUCGCGAGCGCAUCAUAUGCAUGGAAGGAGCACGACGUCAUCGAGUCGUUCGCACUCGCGUUCACCUAGUAGCUAUAGCUCGUCACAGAGCUCUUCUUCGUCGAACGCCUCAACCCAUUCACAUGCAUCAAGCCCAGCUAGGGGCAGUGAGUCUACUCCAAGCAGGUCAGCUGGCGCGCUAGUGAACAGCUCGCGAAACAUACAAUCAGCAGUUACGACGCCGCCACAAGGUACAAGUGGAAUGGCAGGCAGUGGCAAUGUCAGCAGUAACUCCAGCAGCAGCAGUAGUAGCAGUGGCAGUAGCUCAGCGUGCAACCAAGUCAACCCAGUCGUUCAUUCCGAAGACAAUCGCCCGCUCGCUAUCUGCGUACGCAAUUUACCCGCACGUUCCUCAGAUACAUCCUUAAAGGAUGGUCUUUUUCAUGAGUACAAAAAGCAUGGCAAAGUCACCUGGGUAAAAGUGGUUGGCCAGAAUUCGGAGCGUUAUGCGCUGGUUUGCUUCAAAAAGCCGGACGACGUGGAAAAAGCACUCGAGGUCUCACAAGACAAACUCUUUUUCGGUUGCAAAAUAGAAGUUGAGCCCUAUCAAGGCUAUGAUGUGGAAGAUAAUGAGUUCCGACCGUACGAAGCCGAACUGGACGAAUACCACCCGAAAUCGACGCGCACUCUCUUCAUUGGCAAUUUAGAGAAAGAUAUAACGGCCAGCGAGUUGCGUAGUCACUUUGAUUGUUUCGGUGAAAUCAUCGAAAUCGACAUUAAAAAACAAGGCACACAGGCGUAUGCAUUCUGCCAAUAUUCAGAUAUCAUAUCUGUAGUGAAAGCAAUGCGCAAAAUGGACGGUGAACACCUUGGAAGCAAUCGAAUUAAAUUGGGUUUUGGAAAAUCGAUGCCUACGAAUUGCGUCUGGAUAGAUGGAGUGACGGAGAAGAUCUCCGAGUCGCUGUUGCAAUCGCAUUUCUCGCGUUACGGCACCGUGACGAAAGUGAUUGUUGAUCGUAUGCGGUAUCUGGCGCUGGUAUUGUAUGACCAAAUACAGUACGCGCAAACCGCUGUGAAAGAGAUGCGCGGUGCGACGUUGCGUGGCCGACGACUGCAAGUGGACUUUGCUUCCCGCGAAUGCCAGGAUGCUUUCUAUGACAAACUGGAGAAACAGAAUGCAGGUAAUCGAUUCAACCGGUACGACUCCCAAUCGCGUUCGCGCGCCUCGUCUUUCACUCGCCAUCAGAACUCGAACGAUGGGUGUUCUCCUAACAAUACACCUGGAAGUAGCAGCAGUUGCAGUGGCUCUAGUGUAACAGUAGCCAUUGCUGUGCCUGCGUUGUCAUCUGCGAUUGUCGCCGGCGUCACCGCUGGCAAUAUUACAACGUCGUCAAAUAGCUCGUUGGUGCCGCAGAACACACCCAUGUCGGGCAAUUCGACGCCAGCUCGGAGUCGUGGGUCACGCAGUUCACGACACACUGUAGACUACGAUUACUUGGAUACGCGCCGAUUCCGUUCAUAUGAUGAAUAUAGUCAAGGUUCAGGCGCUUCGCACGACGAGGAUGCCGCCUCGCAGAGCGUGUUUUCUGCUGGCGGCAGCGGCAGCGGUGGCGGUCUGCGCUCCGACUCACCACUCCUCUCCCGAUUGGGACCAAUUGUUAGCGGCAUUGCAGCCAACCCAGCACCAAGUGCGAACGAACGGGUAAGUGAAACGCUUGAAGUGACGGUGAAUAGCAGCAGUGGUCGCCGUCGUUGUGAUAAAAGUCCUGCGAAACAAAAAGGUGAUAUAAGAAUUCUACAAAAAGAACGUUCCCAUCUUUUAGAGCAACUUGAAGAAUGCCCGUCCAGUGGUGAUGAGAGUAUAGUGAGCCCGCGAAAGCGUAUCAAAAUCGAUCAUCAUCAUUCCAUGAACACUGGCAGUGGAUUGUCUCAGUCGCAUAUGUCGGAGACAGGAAACAAUGCUAGUGAUCAACAUAGAAGUAACAUAAAUUCCAACUGUGAUGCUACCGUAUAUGAUGUCUCGGCAACAGCCGGGCAACGGAAGAGUGAACCGCGCCGCCUCUCAGAUUCCAAUAAUCACCCCAGUCUCAAGUACCACCAAUCUCAGUAUCACGCGCACUCCCAUUCAAUGCAGCUGUCGUACCAGCAGCAACCAGUUCGCCGACCGUCCACUGAUAUAACGGCGACACCGGGCGCUGUUGGUGUAGGGUCCGUUUCCAAUCGGCACGGAAGCGUGAGUAGUACUGGCUCUGGAAGUGACCACCACCAUCCACCAUCACAUUCUAACCCAUCCGGAACCAGCGGGCUUUCGAAUGCGAUUGCUUGCAAACGACGGCGGAUUACGGCUGCAAGCAAUAGUGGCAGUGGCAGUACGCUUUCCUCAUCUGGCUCCACUGCGCCAUAUAAUAGUUUAUCUAAUAGUGCUGGUGGUGGUAGUGGCGCAGGAAGUGAUGAUUAUCAGCAGCAUAUUUCACGAGGUCGUGGCCAUCCAUUACAUUCCCAUCAUUCGCAUGAAGCCAGUGGCGGUGAGAGCGCAGACGGCUCGCGUCCGGGCACACCACUUUGCGACGAGCGUCCUGAAGUGUUGCCCAGCGAUCCACGGCGGGCACCACGUGAACGUCGGCAUGAGCCAUUGAUAUUACCUCUCCCGAAAUUCGGCAUUCAGUUUUUUCAUCAGUAUCGUAAUAGUAUGGCAGGCCCGACAAUUUCGAACGCCACAAGUCACAGUGGAGGCAACAUACCAGGCUACCAUCACAGCAAUAUCGGAAUGCUGUCCUCUUCGUCAAUGGCAGCAUGUAACAGCGGCGUCGGCACACACAUGUUGCCAAACACCAAUUUGAGCAGUAAUAUUUAUUCUAGUCAUAGUUCUGUGGCGACGACAGCGACGACAACAUCGUCUUCAGGUUCCUCCACUGUACCAGGGUUCCCCUUGCAUAGUCCACCUACUCGAUACUCGUCGCACUGGCGUCCGCAUCAGCAUCAUCACCAACAUAGCCACGGCCACAGUUAUCCACCGCACACGCACUAUAAUCAGCCUGUAACUGGUACAACUGGUGCGACAAUGAUUAGUCCGUUGAGGCCACGUUCGCUCAGUUCCAAUUCUAGUGAUUCGGAUGUACCAGUGCAGUCAAGUGGCAGUCCUUCAUUGGAAGAGCGCAUACGCACGCUUGAUGAAAUGUAUGAACGGUGGUCUGGCGGGGGAGCUGGAGGGGCUAGUGGUCCAAAUGUUAGUGCGAGUGCAGUUAAGCGUCAUGAUUUUGGCAGCCACGGCCAUUCUCUUUUUCGGCAUACGUUUCGUAGCACCGAACAUCAUAGUGGAACACAUCUGGCAGGUAGCAGUGUAGCAGCAUCUACUUCACGCUAUAAGUUCACUGACAUCAAUGUCAAAGAGAUUAAACCUUCCGAGAUUCUGAAGUCAGUGUUAGCAAAGAAAUCUAUAUUCGACGAUGACCUACAGCGACUGAAGAAGAACCAGUGGUAUGAGCCAUCUUCGGAUGCCACACAAAUGGCAAAGCACAUAACCGGAGUUUGUACCUCACCCGGUCUUCCCAAUUUGGCAGCCACAAAGACGCCUGUGGUUGGAUGUACCACUACAAACCCGGCUAAUGCUACGAUAAACAAAUCGUCUGGUGGGCUGCUGCAGCGAUUAAGCAGUCUUUCACCGAUGAAUUCGCCACAGGCUUCAAUAUCACCGUAUAACAGUCCUUCGCCGUCGCCUUCAGUGAGUGGUAGUUUGACAGCCCCAUUACUCACUUGUGUGACCAAAGUUGUAACGACGACUGCGGCAAGUGGCACUAGCACCGGUGUAACGACAACAAGUUCCACCAGCAUAUCGAGUGUUGCAUUGGCUACUAGCUCGGCAGCCGCUAUGAAGGGUCUGCAAUACCCAUUUCCCAGCCAUCCGCCAUUGCCGAGCACGGCCGCGCCCCCGCCUACAGCACAACCGGCUCCUCCCGCUGGACCUGCUCCAUCAGAUCUGCCGCAACCAAAAGCAGCGCAUGUGACCACAUCAGAAACAAACGACUUAAUGUUAAAUAGCUCGAGAGUGAAGGCAAAUUCGAUUACCAAAAACAUUAAUUCACCAUGGACGCCAUCUGGAGGUAGUACUGAGGAUGAGCGUGUGGUUGCGAGCACAGGUGACGGUCGUGUGCUGACCAAAUCAGUCUCCGUUCCAGGUAGUACAAAUAUUGGCACAGUGAGGUCUAUGAAUGCGCCAGCUGGUGAUGCACCAUCUCAUUCUUUAAGCCGAAGCUCCUCCUUAGGUGUAAGUGCUAAAGUGGAUGAGGAUAUUUCUAAACAUUCAAAACAACAAUCAAGUUCGCCGUCCAUUUCGAAGAAGAGCGAACGCAGCUCUCACAAGCAUAAUCACCGCAGUGAGAAUGAGAAGCGGUCUUCGAGAGGAGAGCGUGCGUCUGAAAGGCGAAAAAACUCAACAAAUUCUCAACUCUCAGUUGCGUCGACGCCGCGAGUAGAGGAUGAUUCAAGUGAAGGCGAAGAAAAAGAUGGUGAAAAAGUAGAGAAAGAGCGGAAAGAGCGAGAACCUGAUAAGGAUCGAGAGAAAGAGAAACCGUACAAAGAACGUGAACGUGAACGAGACCGAGAACGAGAGCGAGAGAAAGAUCGCCAAGAACGUGAGAAGCGUGAAAAAGAACAGCGAAAACAAAAAGAGGAAAGCGAAUCACGUGCGCGUAAGGAGUGUGAAGAACGUGAACAUAAAGAGCGCGAGGAGCGUCAACGAAGAGAACUUGAAGAACGAGAGCGUGAGCGUGAACGAGAACGGGCGGAGAAAGAACAUGACCGCAGAGAACGUGAGCAAAAGCUCGCGAAGGAGCACAAGGAGAAAGAAGAACGAGAACGAAAAGAACAGGAGCGAGAAGAGCAACUGCAACGUGAAAGUAAAAUGAAAGAAGAACGCGAACGUCGUGAACGAGAUAGAGAACGAGCGGAAUCAGAGCACGUCGAUAGAGAGCGUCAAGAUCGAGAAUUGCAUCGAGAACACUCGCGGAAAAAAUCAGAAGCUACCAGCAAAAACGAUGUCGACCAAAUCCAUACACUGAAUAAUAACCAAUCUACAAGUGAGUACUUUCUCCGCGUUACUGAUGCUGAUCGCCUAAAUAACAAAGAGAAUGCUUUAGAUGAUAGAAAAAGUCCCAUGACCGUUGAGGUUUCCAACAAACAUCACGGAAGAAAGUCGUCUCGUAACUCUCCCAUACGCUUACCGAAACGUCGUUUAAGUUCACAAGAUAGUAACCACGGCAAUUUAAGUGGCCCAACAGCAAUAUGUGAGGACCCAGCCAAACGUUUACGCAUCGAUACCCAAAACCAAUUAAAUGAAAGACAACCUUCAAAGGAAACUUCACAUUCCCACGAUCUGUCGACGAAACAGUCGAGCGGAAAACAUCAUCAUCAACGGUCGUCUAAUCAGACCAGCACUGCUAAUGCGAACAUGGCUACGGAUGCAGCUGCAUGCUCCGAAGAAAAACCCAAGUCCAAAGAACAUUCGAAUAAGCACAGAAGCAGCAAACAUCACAAACAUCAACAAAUGGCACCUCAUCAAGGCAAUACCAAAGACUCGAACAGAGAAGGUGAGGAUAAUAACACUUCAGCGUGUGCCAUCACAGCCACUACGGUGGCGGUGGCGGUAACAGAAAAAGUAAUCCAUCAUGAAAAUAUUUCGGAUCAGGAGGAUGAGAGCUCCGCCCCAACUCAUUACCAAAGCAAGCAUUCGCUUAAUUCCAGUGGUGACGAAGACACGAUGCCUCAGCUUACAACUCAGCAGAGAUCAGUAGGUGGCGGCAGUCAAUACAAGCAGCGCGAUCAUAAUGUCAGUGGCGUAAAUCAUCAUAAUCGCCAUAAAAGUAAACGGGAACAUCGCGAAAGAAAACGACAUUUAACUACAGAGUCUCUAGUGUCGGCAACUAGUAACAACUUGACGGACGAAGAACCAACUCAUAACCCAAGUCGACGGGCAUCAGGCGCGGGUUCGCACAGCAGCGAGUCGACUUUGUCGAUUCUGAAAUCAAAGCAGGAAGAUCGAAUGAGUUCCGAACGAAAGUCUUCGCGUUGUUCGGAUGAAGGACUUGUUUUGGCCCCGCCACAACAAUCACAACAUCGGCAGGGUAAUAACGCGAAAGCGACCCCUUCACGAAGAGUGAUAAUGAGUUCGGGAGACUCGGACGACUCAGACGAUCCAACAAAUAAUGGGAAAAAGCACUCAAUUUUCGACAUACCCGACGAAGGUCCCUAUAUAUCGAUGUACGAUAAAGUGAAGGCGCGCUCGUGUAAAAACAUGCAGAAGCACGAAGAGGAGAAAAAGAUCAAGGCGAAAUUUACACAACUCAAACAAUCACGCGCCAAGCGCGAGGAGAAAAAACGCUCAACUAGCUAUGAAGGUGAUUCAGAUUCUGAUUUCGAUGAACGCAAUCAACGCAGCGGCGGCAGCAGUUCCUAUAAGUCGCGUAAUCAGACAAAUCUUACAUCCUCUUCAGACGAAGGCGAUGCUACAAAUAUGGGUGCACGUCGUCGCAGUUCUCAAGCGUCUUCACAUCCACAGCGUAUGUUCUCUGAUUCUGACUCGACCACAACAGCUGAGGCAGAAGCACGUCGUAGCAAACUACAUCAUAAACUACUUCGUCUGUGCGAUGGUGAUGAGAGCACUGAAGACGAAGUACACGCCGAUGCCCGCAAAUCUAUGACAUCGUCGCCAAGUAAGCGUCUUUCCGCCAAACGAAAUUCACAUUCAACGCGAAUCGCAUCCGAUUCCGAAUCACAGUCGCAACCUGCGGGGGAUAUAAAAAUCAAGCAAGAAUUAACUGACGAUGAGGAGCGGGAUAGCAAACCCAAACUUCAGAUGAAAUCAGAAAUUCAGCAACCAGAACCCCAAGCGGAGACGGAUGAGGACGUCAAGCCAAAACAGCCUUGCAUAAAAAUAGAAGACGAGUCAAUAUUACCACCAGUCAAACUGGAAUAUAAACAUUUUUCGGGCAAUUCAAUGAUUGAGCAUCCAGACUAUGAAUUUACUUUGGAACAUUCAACUUCUAAAUCGUCACUGAAAGCCCAGCAGCAUUGUUCGCCCGAGUCCCGAAAGAAACACAAGAAAAGUAAGAAACGUCAGAAGAAUGUGUUACCGCUAUCGAAUGUCUCAACACCGCAUAGCAUAGUGGAAGCGAAAAAUGUUUUGGUUACACUUACUCCAGGCUCUUUUCAACUGAUGAACUUCAUGAGUACACCGGAGAACAAAGUAAAGACGGCACUGUCGCCAACAUACGAUCCAUUUGACGAACUGAAACGUGAGUGCUCUUCGAUAUCCACCACACCACACGCAAACAAUGGCGCAAAUGAAUUAUCUAUUGGUGAAAAGAAACGCCACAAGGAGCGCAAGGAGAAAAAGCGCGAGAAAAUGCGUAAUAUGAGCGAUGGAGGUGGGAGCAUUGAUUCAGAUAAAAUGUCCAAAGAAGAGCGACACCGCUUGAAGAAGUCGAAAAAAUCGAAGAGCCUCGAUACCAUGCGAAUGUUGAAUACAGCUUCCAAUGCAGUAAGAACGACUGCAGCUACAUCGACUUUGGUGGUAUCGGUGGCGGUUUCCUCGGCAACAUCAGCAACUCCCCUUGCAGUUACAACUCCAACAUCUGCAGCGCAGACUGCCAACUACCAGACUAUGACGGCUAAGCGCAGUGGGGAAAAAAUGGAAGAUAUAUUCGGGCCAAUAUCCGAUGAGGAGUCUCAAUUUACAGAUGCUGAGUCGAAAGAAUUGGCCUCAACAUUUUCGCUGGAUGUUAAAUAUGGUGGGCUUUUGACUUCGUCUAGUAGCAUAACUGGACCGAUAGUCUCGGCAGCCCUUAAUCCGUACAAACAGGAUCCUUUGACACCAAAAUCACACACUGUUGAAGAGAAUGAAGAGAAUAAGCAGAAGGUGCCUACUACCAUCGGUGAUGGUGGUGGCCACAUAGACCGCGAACGCCACCGAAAGGAGAAACGUGAAAGGCGGCGUAAAGAGCGUGAGAAGUCGCGUGAACAACAUGCACUCUCUGCAUUGCAACAACAGAAAGAUCAUAUUGAUGAUGAAAAUAGCGUCGAUCUUGACGAGGCAGGACGCGCACUGGAGGCCCAACUGAUGGAAGAUUCCGACAAUAAAACCACUGAAGACGCCACACCCUCCACUGCUACGACCUACCGUAGCGAUAUGACCGAUGUGUUCCGCUUUUCUGAUGGUGAUGAAAAUUCUCUCGACUCGAAUGUGCCGCGUACAGAUAAAACAGAUGCUGCUGAAGUAAAUGUUUCCUCCAAUACGCAGACGGAGGUAGGCAUUCUAAAUGCAUCUGCUUUAACGCCAUUGCACAUCAAAAGUAAAGAGAAAAAGAAAAAGAAGAAAAGGUCGAAGGAAGAGAGACAUCAUCACCAGCGUCGUGAGACUGGUACCUCGACAGCUUCACUGCAACACCAACAACAACAGCAGACUCAGCCGUCACUAGCGUCAUCCCAGCAUACCGCCAUGUCUCCACCGUCAACCACAAAACUUUCGAUUGAUGUAUUGGCAGCCAACGCCAAGCAACAGCAAAAGAUGGAGAACGAAAUGUGUAGCGAGCAGGCUGAAGGAAACUCCACGUCUACAACACACUCUCCCCUCUGUAAACCUUCGCCAAGUUUGCCAUGUCUGACAGACGACGAUAUUGACUUGGGUGUACAAACAAUGCUACCAGCAGCUAUACCCAACACUGCUGACUUGCUAUCUUUGUCGCCAAUACGUGAAAAGAAAUUGAUAAGUCCAAUACCAAAGACCCCGACUACAAGCACGGUACCGUUUGCGAACGAAAAACCCCAUACUAGCGCCUAUGACACAGCUACCUCUCCAGUGAGCUCGUUUACCCCCGUAGCGGUGACCGCUGCAUCCACACCAACAACAGUUGGUAUCGCCUUAACCAUAUCGGCGACAGCAUCUAUGGAAUCAAGCUCUACCUCCUCUACUACAGGCACACCAACGUCCACGAAAAAGAAAUCUGACAUUUUCAUACCUGGUUUCGAUGGUAAAUUGGAUGAGCAGAUCAGUGAGUCGGCGGUAAAAUCCAUUUCGGUGGAGUUCAAUACCUCCAUUUUGGAUGCGAAUGCUGAUGAACCAAAAAUUCCAGUAGAAUCACCACCAGAUCAUACCGCCAAACACAUGGAGAAAACGGAAGACACAAAAUCGCGAGUAACAAUUUCACAAGAAGAGACAGAAAGUGCUGUGUCUGCCCUAUUGGGCGAAAGUUUUGGCAGCUCCUCUAAUAUUGACUACUCUUUCCAAGAUGAUGCACUCGAAGAUGACUUGGCCGUUGUCGAUAAUACUAACGUCGAGUCAACUGAACCAGACGAGGAAGCCGCUAUUGCAGCAAAAGCUAUUGAGACGCCGAACGAGCCUUUGCAUCCAGAAGAAGAUGCCGAAGAAGUCAGCAAAGCCGUGCAAAGUCUGAGUGCCGAAGAGAUGGAUGUCAAAGUUGACACACCACAAUCUGAGCGCGGGCUACAAAUCGAUACAGACACGGAGGAGAAUGCUGAUGAAGCUGAUAGCAGUGGAAUCAGUCUAAAAAUUGACGAGUCUGCAACAUCUGGUGAUGUAUCCGAUGAGUUAGGCGACAAAGAAAAGAAAAGUGCAUCCGAAACACUGGCUGAAGAUCAAGUAGAGCAUAAUAAGCCACCUUCAGUCAUUACCAAACUGGAUGCCAAUACAUACAACACUAAUAGUUCACAAGCUGCCGAGUUGCCGGCGAAAGUGAACAUUUUGUCCCAGUCAUCUAAAUUGGAGCCGCCGACAAUAAGCAACUUGGUACAGCCAGCAGUGCAACCUGUGAAAUCAGUGCUGCCAUCUAUGGUCAGUUUGGAGGCACCCUCAACAACAAUCUCCGACUCAGCACCAGAUAGACCAAUGGCGUCCGCGAUAACCACAUUUGCCACUAGCAAAACGGCUUCACCCUCUAUCUCAACCACAACAGCAAGCAUCACCACCACUGUACAAUCGCCCACAACCGUUAAGAUUACCUCUUUGCUAUCUCCACCGGCAUCUUCUCAGCAAGACACAAGAACAUUUGUUGUAACUGCAUUGUCGAAUUCACUUGCAACGCCUCCCACCAUUAGCAUUCCAGAGCCGCCCGCUCAUUUUGCUAUACCGCAAUUAUUGAUAUCGCCCAGAAGUGGUAGCAGCGCUUCUGGUGAUCAACAAGUUCUGCUCUCGCCUAAAGGCCAACAGAAACAACAAUCACCACAAAUGCCAGGACAUCCAAUCACUGCUUACACACUCAAUGUGCGUGCGCCAUCUUCACACAGUCCGCAAAAACACACCCCGUCCAGCCGUGGCAGCACCCCAACACGACAACUAAGCCCUACUUCCAUAGCAAUGGCAGCACCAUCAUCGACGCAAAUAACACAACAUCAACAACAACAACACCAGUUGCUGCUGCAUGUUGGUGUUCAACGGCCAUCGCCAUUGCUUUCACAGCAGCAGCAACAGCAGCAGGGCCAGAUGAGCUCGCCAAAUGCAAGCUCGCCAUUGCCUACAAGUGCUGGUGGUACUGUGCAACAGUCAACAACACCGGUUGGAGGUGAUAAUAAAUUGCAUUCACCACAACAACUGCAUAAUACAGAUAGUGGAAGUACGGGAGGCAGUCUGAAAAAUCCCAACCCUUUGCCAUCGACUACGAAUAUAAAUCUUUCCAGCGCCCGCAAUCAAUCAGUGCAACAGGCGGCUAAGUCACAUAUAGACCAAAACUUAGGCACCACAGUUGGAAUGCUUCCAUUGACUGUGCAGAAAAUGCCACCGAUGCCAGCGCAUCCGACAAUCAUCAGCAAAGUAGUGAGUGUCCAGCCACAGCAGGCCCAACAGUCAACGAUGUCGCCACCGCUACCAUCUGCUCAAGCCUCUGCGAAAGGUUCCUAUAUAAGUAGCCACCAGCAAGUAACAGCUGCACAACAACAUCAGCAGCAACAGCAACAUCACCAUAAUCAUCCCCAAGCUUUGCAAUUGGCAUCACAAUCACAACAUGCACACCAACAACGCCAUUCCCCUCAGAUAAUUCAGUCAAUGCAAAAAAUGCCGACAUAUCAACAACAGCAACCGCAAUACGUGCAGCAGCAAAACUUGUUGCAACAACAGAGGCAGCAAAUACAGCAACAGCAGCAACAACAACGCCAACAGCAUCAUCAGCAAAUGCAACAGCAAAUUUUACAACAGCAACAGCAGCAACAACAACAUCAACAGCAGCAGCAAUUAAUCCAAAUGCAAAAGUUGCAACACCAACAGCAGCAACAAAAUAAGCAGAUUGCCAUAAUUUGUAGUAAUGCCUCUACAGUGUCAGCGCUUCCCCCACAACAACAGCAACAGAGACAACGCGUGCUGCCAACACUACAAAAUACUCCACAAGUGGAGCCAUUAGUCCAAUCCCAACCUCAACAGCCCCUCCAAUCACAGCAGCAACAAAUAUCAUCGAAUCGCCCAGUUACAAGCCUAGCAAAUACGACAGUGACGUCUGGCCAACAGAAUUUGGUGAUAUUACGGUCGCAACAGCCUCCAAUUACUAGCGUAGCCUCUGUGAGUGGCCUCUCACAAAACGUCAUACAAUGCACCGCACAAACACCACAAAAACAGGAGCAAACGACCGGGGGGCAUGCGGCAACACCAACAUCCAUGCAGCAGCAACUAUCGAAUAGAAUCACAGCCGCUGGCAUCCAGUUCAUUCCUCAAAUGCCAUCCACGAACCCGAAGGAGCAAAAGCAACUGCAGAAGCCUCAAAAUGGCAACAACCCACAACAGUCGAUUUCACCUUCUUCUGAAGCAACCAAGCAGAGUUCAGCUUCCUCAAAUGCGCCAAUAUCACAGCUUUGUGCGCAAGAAGCGACCACUGCUACUGAUCCGAAACCGUCAACACCGAAACCUAUCCAAACAUUUGAACUAAAUAAACAAUCGCAAAAACCACCAACAGCUGUGGGUCAUGAAAAGCCAACACAAAAAUUGGCGGAAAGCGUGUCGGUGAUCUGCAGCAUUGAAACCAACACACCUGUGGAUAAAGCGACAAUCAAAUCAUCGGUUCAGCAGAAUAGGGAUUCUGCAACGCCUGCACUCAACGUUGAAGAAUCCGCAGUGUCUGUAGGCGCAGUGAAACCAUUGGAUUCGGUCAUAAAGAAAGCUGAUGCGUCGGAUCAUAAGAGCGCACACAGCAUCUCAGUUUCACAACUCCCGGAGGUGGAGGCCAGAACCGACAAAUCUACUUCCAUACCAACAAUAAACCAGACAAUAGCGAACCCAAACGAGAAAGACAGUGCGAGUUCGCAGCGUGGUACAAAUGCAACAACAACAGCAUCAAAUAUUGCGGAUAUAGCCAAAUCUUCAUCGUCUACAAUGGCACCAAACUAUGGUAAUUCAACUGAGAAUGCUUCCAGUAAACAGACGACAUAUAGUGCGCCCGAGUCAAGUGCCACAAGUAGCACCGAGCACGAAACCGAAGACGAAACCGAAACUAAGCAGACAACUGUUAUGUUGGAAGGAUCUGGUGCUGCAACUACGAUGACUGGAAAUCUUGGUUUCGGGCGGCCCAGUGCAAGUACACGUGGCGCAACUGCCAGGCGCGGUCGUCAGCCGCGUGGUGGAAAGAAGCAAACUGCGGGGCUUGUAACAUCCGUAUUGACGCCUCAGUUGGCGGCUCCUCCUCAGGAGCCCAGUGGCGUUCAAACACGUUUACGGAAACCUGCAACGGUAACGCCAGUGAUACGGGGACGUAAAGGUCGUCCGCCGCGUAAUCUUUUGGCACAACAACAACAGCAACAAGUUGCACAACACCAGCCUCAAAUGUCGCUGGCUGCGGAAACUGUUGACACAGGUAUCGAGAAAAAAGCUCGGAAUCAAGCUGCGACCGCAAGAAGUGGUCCAGCUGUUGGUGGCUCAGAUGUGUACGAGUUUCACGAUGACUCUGGAGAGGAAUCAAAAACAACACAAGACAGUAUUCACAGCUCGGGUGGUUCAAGUGGCAGUGAUGUGCGGCCUCGUUUGAUUUUAACCAUUAAACCUGGUCAAGCAGCACCUAUUGUAAAAGCUAGUGAAAAGCCAAAUGUUCCUUCCCCAGAGGAAACACCUACCUCAAUAGCCCCUUCGACACCGACGCGUCAGCAACAAGAACCCGCUAACGUCGCGUCAGGUGUUCAGCUUGAGCCAAGUGAUGGUAACAAAACCGAGGCCCCUAAAUCUAAAACUGCAUCUAGAACAUCGACUGCCGCGCAAGCAGCGCAGCUACCGGACAUGCCUAUCAUGGACAUUAUUCAGGCAGCUCCUGUCAUCGCGGCAGUGACUUCGUCUUCUGCAGCAGCAACAUCGAAUAAAUUAGAACAUUUGCUGCCAUCUCAUGCAACAGCAGCGGCCCAAAUGAACACAUUAGACCUACUUGCCAGCCCGGGCGGUACUCUCGCAGGGGCAAACACCAGAAAAUCGCGUCGAUUGCAAGAAAAAGACCGCUGUACAAUUGACGAUAUCAUUGAAGACGUUGUGCGUAAUACUGCGCCUUCAGCUGCAGCCGCUAUUGCCGCUGCAUUGUACCCGAAAGGUCCGCAGACCCCUCCUAGACGUUCAGGACGUAAUGCAAAUACCAUAAAUUCGAAAAAGGGCAGUGGUGGGGAUACACCCACGCACACACCUUCAUCGCCGGCCGUAGGACGCCCACGGCGGUCUAAAGAUCGCAAAGGCAGCAUUGAACACGCCAAUGCCUCACUUGAUCUCUCUUCAAGCGAUACAGAUGAACAACAUAAGAGAACAGUCGCUAUGCCGACGGAACAAGAGCAGCGUUCAUUAACAUCUACUGCAGCAACACAUGAAGAAGAAGUAUUAGCUGUAAGCGUACAAAAUAUUUCUUCGAGCACUUCGAACGCUGCUGUUUCGAAGCCUUUGCAAGUAACAUCUGCAACAACUAAGCCAACAUUCAUAGGAUCGAAAGUGUUGACAACAAUGCCGACAUCGCAACAGCAACAGUUACCCACUUUAGGCGGGUCAACGCAAACUCCAGCUCAACCUUCAAUGCAGACGGAACCACAGCCAAUAACAAUGCAAACCCAUCACGCUUUGCCACAACACCCGAAAAAGAAGGCGCUCGCUGCGGCCGAAAUAGAGUCACUUGCUGCCAGCAAUAGCAGUCCUAAAACUAAAAACGGUCGCGAGGAAAGCAACAAUCCAUCUGCGUUGUCAUUAUCGAUUGGUGAAGUACCUGCCCGUCAACCCUUACCCACAACCACUCUUAAAAAGGGUGGUGGAAUCGCGGAUGCAGCGAGUAAAGCACUUAUCGACCCAGUCACAGGAAUAAUCAGUGACAAUAUUAAGGAGUGCAAAGAAAGUAACAUUCCACCUGCCACGGCGACUGUAGUUGCCACGGCUGCAACCUCUUUAGCCACCAUCAACAAAACGCCUUUGGAUGCGAAGAAAAUGAUGCAGGCGGCCAUAGCUGCGGCAACCGCAGAAACCGCAGUGCAGUCGCAUGAAAUUCGUGGCGCGGCACCGUUGAUAAGCAGAGGCGUAACCAAUACAAUCAAUUCGCAAAUGCCACAAAUGAUCGUGCAAGCGACACAGGCCUCGAAUACGGCACCUACAUCCGCGGCCAUGAAGCCGUUACAGGUGGAGGCUUCGCCCAAGACACUAAGCACUCCUAUCUCCUUGUUGAACAAAUCAGCUGUGAGUGUCGUUGUUAAGACUACAACAACGCCAGUCAUCAUAAAGCAACAAAUUGUGCAGCCCCAAACGACGAUAACACCUGCGGUGACGGCCAGCACUAAACAAUCCAUUGUAGUGCAACAGAGUCCAUUGGUGAUGCACGCUCAGCCGUCAAAUGUGCGCCCGCCCACGCUAAAGGCUCACGUCCUCAAUAGCCAAAAAACGCUGCAGCAACAAACACCUACACCACACCACCUUGUGUCACAGGCGCAACAGCUGGCGCACCAACAAACCCAACAGCAAGCGAAACACAUCGUAGUAACUAAUUCCAAUCACGUGAUUGCAUCCAAUGUAAUAACAACAAGGCAAACACUGCAGCAACACCCAGCUCCACAACAAUUGUUGGUGAAUAUACCACCACCGAAUGCUCAGCAAGUGUCAGCGAACAUAAAUUCACCGCACAUGCAGCAACAGCAGCAUUCGUCACAGCACCAGCCGGCACAGCAGACACUCGUAAUUAAGCAAGGGCAGACCGUCACCGGUCAGCAGACGCCACAUCAGCCUGUGCAUGUCCUCAACUCCAAAGCAUCGGCCGACGUGCCAACUACAGCUCAGCACCACCAUCAGGGUAGCAACAAGCCACAACAAGCAGCAACAUAUGCACCACCGCCAUUGACUCAACAGUCGCAAAUAACAGUGUUGACGCCACAGCAACAACACCAGUUGAUUAAGCAGCACCAGCAGCAGCAGCAUCAACAACAACAACAGCAACAGCAGCAGACAGUGCUUCAACCACCGGUCAGUGUCUCGAUGGUAACGCAGCAGCAGCAGAAAACUGCGCACGCUCAGUUGCCGCACGGCGUGUCUGCUGUCCAUCACCAGAGUCACAACAAAAUUCAGCAACAGCAACAACAACCACAACAACAGCAGCCACCACAAGCGCAACAGCAGCAAGCGCAAACAUCGCCGCUAGUAAUGCAACCAGGUGGCAUUAUUGGCUUGCAGCACCCAACCAUGUUGCUGCAGACCAAGCCAUCGACUCUGCUACAAGCGCAGCAAGCCCAUCAGCAGAUGACGCCGUCGCCGCCCUUACAAGGCGGAGUGAUGUCGGUCGCUAGCGGCACAAAAUCGGCAAUCGCUGCCAUGCACACGCUGCAAUCGCAGGGCGUACAAAUACUGCCCGGCAGUGUGGCGAGCCCUCCACCUUCGGCGCUCAAGCAGCCAUCGGCGCAGCAGCAACAACAUCCGCUCAAUAGUGCCAGCGUUCCAGGUGUGGGCAGCAUUCGCACCAGCAUUCCAACCCUGAGUCCUCAGGGCCAAACGCGAGUAACGCCGCUUCUUCUGCCGACGGGCCUGCCGAUGCCACCUUUUGAGCCAAAUAUGAGCGAGGCCAGUUUUCCUGUUGGUGGAAUUCGAGGUGUACCAGCACGUGACUCGUUUAUCAUCUACCAGCAUAUUUUGCGCAAUCAACAGGAAACAAUCAACGCUUCUUUGCGUGGAGAAUUUGACGAGAAAGUACUCGGUGGCAGUCCGCCAUUGGAGCUACGCAGGCCAGGCAGUGUCCCACGCACGAUUGCUGUGCCGCAUGGCCUUCAGAGUCCACAAGACCGUGCUACAGAUUCGCCUCAAAUAGCUCAGGUGUAUGUACACAACACCCGCAUACCACAUCCCCAUUACUCGGAGCGCGCAUUUUACGAGGCUGGUCGCCAAAUACCCAUCGAACCUCCGCCAGCGCAUCGUUCGGUGUCAGCGCACAGUGUGGUGGCUCCCCCACCACCGGCCACAGUGCCACCACCAGGCGCAGGUGCAGCCAGUCCAUUCAUAGGUGCGCCAACGGUACAGCUGUCGUCAGCAGCACCAAACGUUACCACUAGCAGUGUGAAUGUGCAGCCGCCAGCAGCAGCUGUUGCGCACCUGCAUCCUGUACAACUGCUGGAACACGAGCGCGAACAGCGCGAGCGAGAGCAACAGCAGCUGCAGCGUGAAAAGGAACGAAUAGCAAUGACAGGCGCUAAUGCGGAUAAUAUACCAGUUGGUGCGCAAUCCGCCACUCAAACUAGAAACAUGCAAGUAGCGACGCCACCUCAUGCCAAUCUACAAGUGACACAACCACCCCCGGCCGACUCCCUUCUCACUCUACUGCAACGCUAUCCAGUCAUGUGGCAGGGCCUGCUGGCGCUCAAGACCGAUCAAGCGGCAGUCCAGAUGCAUUUCGUAUUCGGAAACCCACAUGUUGCGCGCGCAUCCCUACCAUGCAACCGAGACGGCAGCACACCACCACUGCGUAUAGCUCAACGUAUGCGACUGGAGCAAACACAACUGGAGGGGGUGACUAAAAAGAUGCAGUUUGAAAACGAACAUUGCAUGCUGCUGGCACUACCAUGCGGGCGUGAUCACGCCGACGUACUGCAACAGUCUCGUAACUUGCAAACUGGCUUCAUUACCUACUUGCAGCAGAAAAUGGCUGCAGGCAUAGUGAACAUACCGGUACCGGGCAGUGAACAAGCAGCUUAUGUGGUGCAUAUAUUCCCAUCAUGCGACUUUGCUAAUGAGAACUUGGAGCGGGCAGCACCUGAUUUGAAAAAUCGCGUGGCAGAGAUCGCCCAUUUGCUGAUAGUAAUAGCAACUGUCUAAGCUGUCCAACUGCCGCACAACGCAUUCAAUAAAAUGCCAAAUUCUGAGUCUAAAGGCAUAACAAACGGAUGUGCAAUUGUGGAAACCAGAUUUUAAACACUACCUAACUACUCUCAUUCUACCACUGACCAAAAGUUACAAUAAAUAUUACCUGAUUGACGAAGUAUGAAGUUUGUAUGUUCUAGACAAGCCUCAGUGUAUCGAAUAUGACUACUUGAAAUAAUGGAGAAACCUACAGCAAAUAACAAAUAAGAAUUAAGAUUAUUCGCAGCACCGCUCGUACACAACAAUAAAUGAAUGAACGUGAGAUACACAAGUGUACAUACAGAUGUGACGGCGGGGCAAGUAUAAUUUAUUUCAUUUAAUGGUAAACAAUUCUAGAAGUUAAGUUCUAGGCAAAAAAUGUUUGAGAAAAAAAAUAAAAGUAAAAAAUAUGGAGCAGAACCAAGAUAUCUACAAGCCUGUUAUAAACAACAAACGCGUAAAUGCGUAAAAACUUAGAUCACACAUAACCUAGAACUUUGAUUAAGAAAAUCGUUAAGAUAAAAACAAAACGCAAAACGCAAAUCGUAAAUACAAAAAUCAGUACAGAUUUUAAAGGUAUGGAGUAUCCGUGUGUGUUGUAUUUGAAAACGUAAUAAAUUUGUGUACAAAUACAGAAAAGCGCAUGCCCGCUGACAAACAGCCAAACAGGCACAAUAAGAGAAAAUUUAGCAAAACCGAUAUUAAAAUGAGAAGAGCAAACAAAUAAAAAACUACACGAUACACGAUAAUGCGUGCAAAUAUUCCAAGAGGUAUUCCUAAUUUGGAAAAUGAAUUAAAACAAAAAAUGAAGAAAAAAAAUUUAAUUAUAUGAACUUGUUAAAAUUGUAUAGAACUUUAAUUUUUAUGCUGUUAAGCAAAUUGUUAUAAAUAAGCUUUGUGAAUACCUCUAUUAUUUUUUAUGUCUCUAGUUUUCGACACCGCACUUGUUUUAUGAAUAACAUUUUCCUUAGUACAGUACGGAAAAAUCGAAGCAAAGUUAUAAAAAUAUUAGUAAGAAUAAACAUAAAACUAAUUUUACGGAUAUUAACUAUGAAAAUUGUAAUUUAUUUAUGAUCUCAAAUUAAAGAAAAAAUCACUUCUUAUUUGCUUUAUUUUUAGCAUGAGAAAUUAGCAAAUAAAGCGCAUAGAAAUUUCUUUCCUUGAAAAUGACAUCAGACUAAAGCAGAAAUUACAGUUAAAACACAAUUAAAUAAGGACAAAGUUAGUCUAUGCAUGCGUAUAACAAUCCAAAAGGAAGCAAAACGGCUGAUCGAUCACGCACGCACGCACAGUAUGCACAGUGCUUAGAUUUAUUGGAGGUUUGCACUUCGACCUCACGACCUUUUGUGCCUAGUUUCGUGCGCAGUGCUCAGUCGAAGGCGUUGAAUCAGUGGGAUUGUAAUUUCCUGCUACCUACUUUUUUACGGAACAUUUCGCCGUUGUUUGCUAUCAAUUUCUGCUUAAAGCUGCGCCAUUUUUAGCAAACUCCACCGAAAUUUCCAAUCCAGUGUUUAGUUCACACGUUUGUUUUGUGCGUAUGUGUGUUUUUAAGUUUACGAUUAAUUUACUAACAAUUAUAAGGUUCUAAGAAUGCCUUAGAUGCUUGUUAUAUUGUAAGUUCAAAUGCCAAAAACAAAUGAAACAUAAGACAAAACUAAAACUAAUAUUGAUGAAUGCUGCUUAUAUUUUAAAUACAUGCAUAUGUACAUACACACCUCAUCAUACAUGAACAUACAUGACAAAAUUAACAAAAAAAAAAAAAAUUGCGCGUUCUAAGUCUAUGUAGACCGACAA